AUGUCUAGGGCCAAGAGAAUUAUGAAAGAAAUGCAAGCUGUUAAGGAUGAUCCUGCUGCUAACAUUAAUCUUGAAUUUGUUAGUGAAUCAGAUAUCCAUCAUUUAAAGGGUUCAUUUUUGGGUCCUCCAGAAACUCCUUAUCAAGGUGGUAGAUUUAUCGUCGAUAUCGAAGUACCUAUGGAAUAUCCAUUUAAACCACCAAAGAUGAAGUUUGAUACAAAAGUUUAUCAUCCAAAUAUUUCUUCAGUUACUGGUGCUAUCUGUUUGGAUAUUUUGAAAAAUGCUUGGUCCCCUGUUAUCACUUUGAAAUCGGCUCUGAUUUCAUUGCAAGCUUUAUUACAAUCUCCAGAACCAAACGAUCCACAAGAUGCUGAAGUUGCUCAACAUUACCUUCGAGACAGAGAGUCAUUUAAUAAGACUGCUACUCUGUGGACUACUUUAUACGCUGAAGGUGGUGAAGAAGUUGCCAAUCCAAACGUGGAUGAGGCUGCUCUCUACGGUAUUGAUCCAACUGUAGUUCAAGAAUUUGUAGCUCAAGGUUUCGAAAAGACUAAAAUAGUCGAAGUCUUCAGAAGAAUGGGAUUAAAAAAUCUAGAUAUGAACGAUAAUGAAACAGUUAACAAAGUUGUGGAAGAAUUAUUGAGAUAA